UUCCCUUCUGGAAUAAAACACCCAUCAAGCUGACCCAAAAGCCUUAUCUUUUCCAAAAAAAAAAAAAACCAUUGUAAUGCUCAAAACUGUUAAGCCAUAUAUUAUAUUAUAAUAAUAUUAAAACCCUCUCCUACCUUUUUUCCUUGCAUAAUUAAUGAUCAAAUGCUUAUAUAUAUAUAUUAUACAAUUUCCUCUCACAUUGUUCAAGUACCAAUAUUUGUUUUAUUGCAAAAGUUUUGUACUUUUUGUUCUUCCUAUCUAUAUAAGUUUCUCUUCAUCAACAAACACACACUACAUCAAUAUUGGUCUAUCUUCUAUGGCAUAUGAUUAAGUUAAUGCUACUAAGUACCAAAUUCUAAGCAAGGAUUCUCAUUCUGGUGGCUCUUGGAUUGUGUUCUGGUUUUGAAAGCAGCUGGAUCUAGAAUUGGUAAAGAAGGAUCAUUUUGUCAUUCAAGUUUGAAUUAGAUCUCUCUCUUGGCUUGGUUUCACUUCAUUAGAGAUAGUAAUUGUCAAAGUAGUCACUAUACAUGGAUAGUCUUAUUUGGAAUGACUCACAACAACUUGUAGUCAACAACAACAUACCAAACUUGUGGAACACUCAACCACAAGACCUUGAAAGAGACUACUCAACUUCAAGUCUUCUUAAUUAUCAAAUGAAAGACAUAAUAACUAUGAUACCAAACACAAAUUCAGGAGCUGGAAUCAGUUGUGAAGAAAAUUUAAUAUUCCAAUCAUGCCCUUCCCUUUCAGCCAAUUAUGUGCAAGAUUUCAACAUGAUCCACCAACAACAUCUCAUCAAUGGCACACAAAACAACAAGGCUACUAAAAUCUCUCUUGAAUCACUUGAUUGUUUGCUUUCAGCAACUAAUAGUUAUAACACUGACACUUCUGUUGAAGAUGAUGGAAUCUCCAUGAUUUUUUCUGACUGCAGAAAAAACUUAUUGAACUUAAGUUAUUAUGGCAGUGCAGUUUCCUCUGCUGAGUCUCAGAGUAAUACUUCCAAUCAAAGUUCAUCAGAUCAAGGUAAAAUCAUUGAUUCUAUAGUUCAUUCCACAAAAAGGACUAAUGAUCAUUAUGAUUAUGAUCCUUACUUCAGUAUUACUCAGAAUUCUUGUCCUAAUGAAAGUGGUUUCAAGCUUAUCUCAGAGAAACCACCAAAAUCAAAGAAACCAAGAUGGGAUAAUAAGUGUCCUGGCUCAUCAAAUAUCAAUUUCCAACAGCCGAAUUCAUCGACAUUGUCGUCUACCAUUGAAGAGCCUGAUCCAGAGGCAAUAGCACAAAUGAAGGAAAUGAUAUAUAGAGCUGCAGCAUUUAGGCCAGUGAUGAAUUUAGGUUUGGAAGAAGUGAUGGAAAAGCCUAAAAGGAAGAAUGUUAAAAUAUCAAAAGAUCCACAAACUGUAGCUGCAAGGCAAAGAAGGGAAAGAAUAAGUGAGAGGAUUAGGGUUUUGCAGAAGAUUGUUCCUGGUGGAACAAAGAUGGACACUGCAUCAAUGCUUGAUGAAGCUGCUAAUUACCUCAAGUUUCUUAGAUCACAAGUCAAAGCAUUAGAAAAUCUUGGAAACAAGAUUGAUGCAAUGAAUAAUAAUUUUCCUCCUACAAGUAUAGCCUUCUCUUUCAACCCUUUAAAUCCCAUGCAAACUCAUUUUCCCAUCCAAAACUCUAAUAAUCACAACAUCCAAUAUUCCAAGGGUUGAAAUGAUUAGUAUCAAUACGUCAUCUGUAAAAAAGUAUAAGCAAAAAAAAAAUGUAUCUAAUUCAAAAUUCGGAUUAGAUACACAUACUUUUUUUUACUUAUAUUUUGUUCUAGGUGAAGUACUUGUAUCAUGGUAGGAAUGAUGUAAAAAAAGAGGUUAAAGAAAGAACCUCAUAAUCUCUAAUGAUUUCAUCCAAUGACAAUGACUCAUUAACAUGUUA